AUGGCAUCGCAGGAAGAAACAGCGACGAAAGCAGAAGCAUCUGCAAUCGAAACCUCAACACCUGAGAUCUUCCCCCCAGACGAGGAGAAAAAGCUACUCGACGAAUCCAACACGGAGAAAGCUUCAGCGAACAAAACCUUUACAUCCGGAGAAUACAACGGCGCGAUACAAGGCUACGAAAAAGCCCUAGCAGUUUGUCCCUCAUACCUCGAAUACGACAUCGCCGUCCUCCGCUCCAACAUCGCAGCCUGCCACCUCAAGCUCUCAGAAUGGAAGCAAGCCGUCGAAUCUGCGACCCAAGCACUUGAAGCACUAGACCGGAUAGACCCACCAGCGCAAAAAGAGCCAGAAAACGAUGGCGCGAACGCAACAACCGGCGGCGGCGCAAUCGCCGAAAUCGACGACACAACCGAACUCUACCUCGACGCUCUCACGCGGACAAAUCACACCAUAAACGACGUCCACAAACUCCGCACAAAAGCCCUGCUCCGCCGCGCAAAAGCCCGACAUGAAGUCGGUGGCUGGGCCUCGCUCCAAGGCUCCCUAGAAGACUACCAAGCCCUUUCCAAACCGCCCCACCAGCUCUCGAGCCUCGAUCAAAAGGCCGUUCAAGCCGCAUUGCGGAAGUUACCGGCGGAGUUGGAUGAAGCGAAGAAUACGGAGAUGGCGGAUAUGAUGGGCAAGUUGAAGCAGUUGGGCAAUGGGAUUCUCAAGCCGUUUGGAUUGAGUACGGAGAAUUUUCAGUUUACGAAGGAUGAGAAGAGUGGGGGGUAUAGUAUGAAUUUUAAUCAGGGGGGGAAGUAG